AUGUCUUCAGCUGUUUAUAUUUGUCCAGAAAUAGGAUGUGAUAGUAACGAUGGAUCGGAAGAAAGGCCAGUUAGAACGUUGCUACAAGCAAUGAUUAUAUCUAAUUCUUAUAAUGGCAAUUUUCUUAUACGAACAGAAAAAGAAGGUAUAAAAUCUUGGGAACCUGCUUCUAAAACUGCGCUGAAAAAGAAUCAAAAGCGUUUUGAACAAGAAAUAAAGAAGUUAGAAAAAGCAGAAGCAAAAACUAAAAUUGUCGAAGCAACCAUGUUAGCGACUUUGGAGGAGGCAAAGAAAAUAAGAAUUUCGGAGGAUCCUAGCCUCCCUAAAGUCAGAAGUAUUAAAAUAAGGGAUGCUCUAUCACAUCGUAAUGAACGCGUUUGUGUGAGCGCUUGGGUGCAUCGUUUACGUCGUCAAGGGAAAUCACUAAUGUUUCUCGUACUUCGUGAUGGGUCAGGAUUUCUGCAGGCCGUACUUAGUGAUAAGUUGUGCCAAACGUAUGAUGCGAUUAUGCUAACUACUGAGAGUACAGUAAAAGUUUCUGGUACCGUUAAAGUUUUACCGCGAGGGAAAUCUGCUCCAGGUGGUCAUGAGCUUAUUGCAGACUAUUGGGAGCUCAUUGGAUUAGCGCCAGCCGGUGGUAUUGACAACGUUUUAAAUGAAGAGGCUAGUGUUGAUACUAUGUUGGAUAAUCGUCACUUAGUUAUUCGUGGUGAGAAUGCAUCAGCAGUGCUACUGAUUCGUGCAGCUGUUAUGCGGGCCAUGCGUGAACAUUUUUAUGUCGCUCAUUAUAUUGAAGUCGUACCACCAACUUUAGUCCAAACUCAGGUAGAAGGCGGCUCAACAUUAUUUAAUCUUGAUUAUUAUGGAGAACCGUCUUAUUUAACUCAGUCUUCGCAGUUAUAUUUGGAGACUUGCAUUCCUUCUAUGGGCGAUGUAUACUGUAUGAUACAAUCGUACAGGGCAGAAAAAUCGAAAACAAGACGCCAUUUAUCAGAAUACUUGCAUUUGGAAGCUGAAUGUCCAUUCAUAACAUUAGAAGAACUCAUGGAAAAGAUAGAAGAUCUUAUCUGUGAUGUGGUUGAUCGCAUAAUGAAUGAUUCAGUUUCGAAAGCACUUAUGGAUCAAAUCAAUCCAACUUUCAAAGUACCAGAACGUCCAUUUUUGCGAAUGCAAUACAAGGAUGCUAUCAAGUGGCUGCAAGAGCAUGAUGUGAAAAAUGAGCAUAAUGAGGCAUUUGAAUAUGGAAUGGAUAUUGCUGAAGCAGCUGAACGACAUAUGACCGAUACUAUUAACAAGCCAAUUUUCUUGCAUCAUUUCCCUGCUGCAAUUAAAGCAUUUUACAUGAAACGUGAUCCGGAGGACAAUUUAUUGACUGAAUCAGUCGAUUUGCUGAUGCCUUCAGUUGGUGAAAUUGUUGGCGGAGGUAUGAGAAUCAUAGAGGAGAAUGCACUUAUCGAGGCCUUCAAAGGUGCGCAAAUCAAUACAUCGCCAUAUUAUUGGUAUAUUGACCAAAGAAAAUAUGGCACAUGUUCUCAUGGUGGAUAUGGUCUUGGUGUUGAACGUUUUGUUUGUUGGCUCACUAACACACACCACAUUCGUGACGUGUGCUUAUAUCCUAGGUUUGUUGGGCGUUGUGCUCCAUAA